CAAACAUCUGCUAUGUUGAAUCACAUCGUGACCUGAAGCUGAACUCGUCACAGGAACUGAAACCUGUUUUUAUGUCUACUGUAGACACUUCCUUUGUUUCAUACUUUUCUUUCCGAUGUGAGCAGCGUAAUUGGACUUUCUCAGGUUUAGUCGUCAGUUUCUUCUCCUAUUCAGAGACGUCAUGGGAAGCUCAUCAUCCAGUGCUGAAAAUCCGGAAUAUCAGGAGGGAGAAAACACAGAUCUGAAUGGAAAAGAUCCAAAGCCUGGAGAUUUGAUUGAGAUCUUCCGUGUCGGCUAUAAGCACUGGGCCGUGUACAUCGGCAGCGGAUACGUCGUUCACUUUGUGGUAAAUGGUUUGUGCUGCAGCUCCAGCAGGGUGCCGGUACCAGGAGAGAUGGGAGUUGUGAUGAAAGAGAAGCUGCAGGAAGUGUUGAAGGGUGACAGAUGGAGAAUCAACAACUACCUGGAUAGAACAUACAAGCCUGAACAGAUUUAUGCCAUUGUGAAGCAGGCCAGUGGAUUCAUUGGUGCUCGACUGCCGUACAACCUGGUUAGCUUUAACUGUGAACACUUUGCUAACGAGCUGCGCUACGGAAAGCGUACAUCUCGACAGGUGAUCCAUGCUGGAGUAGGUGUGGGUGGAACCAUGGCGGGCCUUGUUAUAUUAGCUGGGACUGUGGUAGGAGCCCUGUUAGGCCUCGGCAGAAACUGACAGAGCAGAGAUGUUAGUUUUUGAGAGAAAAUGUUCAAUAAAUGAAUCGAUUCUUCAUGACAUAAAAGCAAUAAAUCAUGAUCUGUAAAU